AUGGCCGACUCACAGAACAACGCAAACCGCAAGCGUCGUCGCUCGCAGCAGCUUCAGCAGCGAGAUGACCCUUUCGACGCCUCGUCGCCCUUGCCCGGCCCUUCCACAGCCACCACACCGGCCGGUCGAUCUUCACCGCCGCCUUCUUCGCUCCCACCGUCGAGCCCUCCUGCCGCUUUCUCGGACUUCACGGAUGGCGAACUCGAUGAUGCCGACGUCGUCGACGAGGAACAGGAGGCGAGGCAGCUCGGCGACCACUUCCAAGCCAACGCUGAUUCUGACGACGAAGGCGAGGACCUCUUUGGCGAGAACAUGGACAACGACUAUACCGAAAACGCAGCACUAGACCGAUACGACAGCGCGCUGGGCAUCGACGACGACAAUCAAUUCGAUCAGAUGGACGCCAAUGCACGUCGUCUUGCUGAACUCCGCAUGGGUCGCCGUGAUCGCACAGAGGCUGCCAACCGUGGCAGCCGCUCGCGUGCUCCCGAGUUCCUCCACAGCGACGAUGGCGCCAGCGAUGCCGAUGAUGGUGUCGCUAUCCUCAACCGCCGCAGACGCCGCCACUACGACGAGGCGGCGGCUGGUGCCGACGGUGCCGGCUUUGCCGAUGACUUGCCGCUCGAACAGCUGGGCGACGUCAAGACCGACAGUAUCGCCAGCUGGGUCGCUACCGAAAACGUCCGCCGAGCCAUCGUGCGCGAGUUCCGCAACUUCCUCGUCACCUACGUUGACGAGAACGGUGUCAGUGUCUACGGUCAGCGCAUCAAGACCCUUGGUGAGACCAACGCCGAGUCGCUAGAAGUCUCUUUCCUCCAUCUUGUCGACUCAAAGGCCAUCCUGGCCUACUUCCUCGCCAACUCGCCCGCCAGCAUGCUUCCCAUCUUUGACGAAGUCGCUUUCGAUGUCAUCAUGCUCUACUACCCGUCCUACGACCGCAUUCACUCCGAAGUGCACGUCCGCAUCGCAGAUCUGCCCACCUCGUCGACCCUGCGAGACCUGCGUCAAGGUCACCUCAACUCGCUCGUCCGUGUCAGUGGGGUCGUGACCCGCCGUAGCGGUGUGUUCCCGCAGCUCAAGUACGUCAAGUUUGACUGCCUGCGCUGCGGUGCUGUCCUCGGUCCUUUCUGGCAAGAUGCCAACCAGGAGAUCAAGCUCAGCUACUGCUCCAAUUGCGAGCAGCGUGGCCCCUUCCGCAUCAACUCGGAGCAGACCGUCUACCGCAACUAUCAAAAGAUGACGCUGCAAGAGUCGCCCGGUAGCGUGCCGCCUGGACGUUUGCCUCGUCACCGCGAGGUAAUCUUGCUCUGGGAUCUCAUCGACUCUGCCAAGCCCGGCGAGGAGGUCGAAAUCACCGGUGUCUACCGCAACAACUUUGACGCCUCGCUCAACACCAAAAACGGCUUCCCAGUCUUUGCCACGGUCCUGGAAGCCAAUCACAUUGCCAAGCGCGACGACGCCUAUUCGGCUUUCCGUCUCACCGAGGAGGACGAGCGACAGAUCAAGGCGCUGGCCAAGGACGAGCGCAUCGGCAAGCGCAUCAUCAAGAGUAUCGCCCCUUCGAUCUACGGUCACGAAGACAUCAAGACCGCCAUCGCGCUCAGCUUGUUCGGUGGUGUGCCCAAAGACAUUGGUGGCAAGCACCGCAUUCGUGGCGAUAUCAACGUCCUGCUGCUCGGUGACCCUGGUACCGCCAAGUCGCAAUUCCUCAAGUACGUCGAGAAGACAGCGUCGCGAGCCGUCUUCACCACCGGUCAGGGUGCAUCAGCGGUCGGUCUCACCGCGUCGGUGCGCAAGGAUCCUGUCACUCGCGAGUGGACGCUCGAGGGAGGCGCGCUGGUACUUGCCGACAAGGGCGUCUGCCUGAUCGACGAAUUCGACAAGAUGAACGACGCCGAUCGAACUUCGAUCCACGAGGCCAUGGAGCAGCAGCAAAUCAGCAUCUCCAAGGCUGGUAUCGUCACCACAUUGCAAGCUCGCUGUGCCAUCGUCGCCGCGGCCAACCCUAUUCGCGGCCGAUACAACCCCACCAUCCCCUUCAACCAGAAUGUUGAGCUGACCGAGCCCAUUCUGUCGCGUUUCGAUGCGCUGUGCGUGGUCAAGGACACCGUGGACCCCGUCAAGGAUGACAUGCUGGCUCGUUUCGUGGUGGGCUCGCAUCUGCGAUCACACCCCAAGUUUGACGACGAGAACGACGAGCAGCUGGUGGCUACCUCGCUCGACGCCGACAUCUUGCCCCAGGACAUGCUCAAGAAGUACAUCAUGUACGCACGAGACCACGUUCGCCCGUCGCUGAAUGCGCUGGAUCAGGACCGCAUCUCGCGUCUCUACGCUGAUUUGCGUCGCGAGUCGAUCUCGACGGGCAGCUUCCCCAUCACGGUGCGUCACUUGGAGAGCAUGAUCCGCAUGGCCGAGGCGUCGGCCAAGAUGCACCUGCGCGACUACGUGCGCACCGACGACAUUGACGUGGCCAUCCGUGCGACGGUCGAGUCGUUUGUCUCGGCACAGAAGAUGAGCGUCAAGAAGACACUCGAGCGAGGCUUCCGCAAGUACCUGCACCAGAGCCGCGACCACGACGAGCUUCUUUCGUUCAUCUUGGGCUCGAUCGUCAAGGACCGAAUGCGUUUUGUGCAGCUGCAGAACGGCGCUCGUCGCGGGGGUAAUGCUCAGUCGAGCACGGUCGUCACAGUGCCCGUCUCGGAGCUCGAGACGCGUGCCAAGGAGGUCGAUGUGUUCGACAUUCGACCCUACCUUGGGUCCAAGCUUUUCCACGCCAACGGCUACACUUUCAAUGCCGCAGAUCGAUCGAUCACCAAGACGUUCGGAGCUGGCCGCACCGGAAUGGCUGGCCUGACCGGCGCCGGCCCUGCUGCAAUGGUCGCCUAG